UCCCAUCCUAAGUCAGGAUACUCUGUCUCGUCUCCAGACCCUUAGCUUAGGUAGGAUUUCCCUGGGGGCCGCCGCAGCAAAACACCUCAGAUGUUUGCCCUCUGUCCCUGUGGAGGCCACAGGUCUGGGAGGCAGGUGCUGGCAGGCCUGGGUCCUUCUGAGGCCUGUCUCCUUGCCGCCUCUUCACGUGCUGCUCCCUGCAAGGACUCCGGUCCUAGUGGGCUGCGGCCCACCCUAGCAGCCGCAGUCCACUGACUCGCCUCUUCAAGGACCCUCCCUCUAAGGAGUGUUGGUUCUGAAAUUCCAGAUGUUCAGAUCUUGGAAUAUAGGAGUGUUUGGUGGGGACACGGUUCAGCCCGUUGCAUCUUCAUUACUUCUGCAGAGACCUUUCUUCCAAGUCAGGUCACGUUCGGAGCUUCCGAGUAGGCGGGCCUUUAGGGACCGCAGGUCAGCCCGCUGCAGCGUGAUUCAUCAUAUUUGGCUGAUUGAACCCCCAAGCGCCCUCCGUAAUGGAGUUUUUGGUGUUUUUUUCCCCCAACCCAGCAAGGCUGCAGAAAGUCCUGAGUCUCGGGCACAUCAGCACUGACUACCCGCUGGCCGAGACCAUCGUGAUGCUGGGUUUCUUCAUGACCGUCUUCCUGGAGCAGCUCGUCCUGACCUUCCGCAAGGAGAAGCCGUCCUUCAUCGACCUGGAGACCUUCAACGCCGGCUCAGACGCUGGCAGUGACUCGGAGUACGAGAGCCCCUUCAUGGGGGGCGCGCGGGGCCACGCACUCUAUGCGGAGCCCCACCCCCACACGCACGGGCUGAGCGUCCAGGAGCUGUCGCGCUCCAGCCCGCUGCGGCUCCUGAGCCUGGUGUUUGCGCUGUCCGCGCACUCCGUCUUCGAGGGCCUGGCCCUGGGCCUGCAGGAGGACGGAGAGAAGGUGGUGAGCCUGUUCGUGGGGGUGGCUGUCCACGAGACACUGGUGGCCGUGGCCCUGGGCAUCAGCAUGGCCAGGAGCGCCAUGGCCCUGAGGGACGCAGCCAAGCUGGCCGUCACCGUCAGCGCCAUGAUCCCGCUGGGCAUCGGCAUCGGCCUGGGCAUCGAGAGUGCCCAGGGGGUGCCCAGCCACGUGGCCUCGGUGCUGCUGCAGGGCCUGGCGGGCGGCACCUUCCUCUUUGUCACCUUCUUCGAGAUCCUGGCGAAGGAGCUGGAGGAGAAGAGCGACCGUCUGCUCAAAGUCCUCUUCCUGGUGCUGGGCUACGCCGUCCUGGCCGGCAUGGUCUUCCUCAAGUGGUGAACGGCCUGUCGCCCGCCCGCCGGACGCAGGCGCC